AGUCUGUCUCACCUCAUGGCCUUGUUUUCCUCUCUCUCCCUCUAAUUCAUUUCUCCUCUGAAAAUCUCUCCUCUCUCUCUCUCUCUCUCUCUCUCUCUUACACACAUUUCUCUGGAUCAAGCUCGUUGGCCAGUGACUAUGGCCGCUCUUCUUGAAUCUGGUUGGAAGUAUCUGAUCACUCAUUUUAGCGACUUUCAACUUGCCUGUAUUGGAAGUUUCAUCCUACAUGAGAGUGUCUUUUUCUUAUCUGGACUACCUUUCGUAUUUCUUGAACGAGCUGGAUGGCUGAGUAAAUACAAAAUUCAGGCAAAGACAAAUACCGCAGGAUCUCAGGGACGGUGUAUUGCCAAGUUACUCAUGUAUCAUUUUAGUGUCAACCUGCCUCUUAUGCUUCUAUCUUACCCUGUAUUUCAAUUCAUGGGUAUGCGAAGUAGUCUUCCUCUACCAUCCUGGAGAGUAGUCUCAACACAGAUUCUGUUCUAUUUUAUCUUGGAGGAUUUUGUAUUCUAUUGGGGGCACAGGAUCCUACACAGUAAAUGGCUGUACAAGCAUGUCCAUAGCAUUCAUCAUGAGUUUGCAACACCAUUCGGACUAACAUCUGAAUAUGCUCACCCUGCUGAAAUCCUAUUCCUGGGAUUUGCUACAAUUGUGGGCCCAGCUAUGACAGGGCCGCAUCUCUUCACUCUCUGGCUGUGGAUGGUAGUACGAGUACUUGAGACGGUGGAGGCACAUUGCGGUUACCAUUUCCCAUGGAGCCCCUCCAACUUCUUACCUUUGUAUGGAGGUUCUGAUUUUCAUGACUAUCAUCAUAGGCUACUCUACACAAAGUCUGGAAACUAUUCUUCAACUUUUGUUUACAUGGACUGGAUUUUUGGGACCGACAAAGGCUACAGAAAAUUGAAGGCACUAAAGAACAAUGAAUUUGAAGCAGAAGUGAAGCAACAGUAGAAAUUGCAGAUGGGAGGAUUGGCAUGAGUUGGUUUCAAACUAAAUUCUUGGUUCAGUGUGUGGGAUUUUAUUUAUUUAUUUUCUUUUAUUGGAAAGAAUAAUUGGAUUGUAGCAUAUAAUAGAUUCAGUUGGGAACUUUGUCAUUUUUAGACAUUCAUGUUCCAGAUCCUCUUGUGUGGGUCUGAAAAUAAGUCUUAAAAUUCCAUACAAUGACUAAAUUGAUUGGGAGUUUGUUGUGGCCA